AUGCUGGAUGCGUCACCGCAGGAGCCGCUGCUGGCCACAGGCAAAGGCUGUGUUCUCCUCAGUGACCACGCACUCAAGCUGCGGGCCUUGCGGAUAGUGGCCGCGCUGAUAGGAGUGAACGCCUGCAUCCUCACGCUUCUGUUUGUGAUCGCACGCACUUAUCCCUCCCUCCUCUCGGCCGGGCUGCUCGCCCUCUCCUUCGGGCUUCGACACGCUGUCGACGCGGAUCACAUCGCCGCCAUCGACAAUGUCACGAGGCGGCUUAUCGCCGACGGGAAGCAGCCGCAGCUCACCGGGCUCUGGUUUUCCCUCGGUCACUCCUCCGUCGUCGGUAUGAUCUGCGUGGCGACCGCCUGCGGCGCGGGCUACCUUAAGCACAGCGGCGUCUUCGAGGGCGUCGGCGCGGUUGUCUCGACGGCGGUGAGCGCCUCGGUCCUCUUCCUCAUCGGCUUUGUCAACCUGUUCUCGCUGCUCGCUGCGCACCGCUCGAGCGCGAGCGCCGGCCACACCCACUCCACCUCCUUCAUAGAGCGCUGCUUCCCAAAGCUACUCGAGGCCAUCGACUCGCCCGCAAAGAUGGCCGGCCUCGGCUUCCUCUUCGGCCUCGGCUUCGAGACGUCGAGCGAGGUUGCGCUGCUCGCCCUCUCUGCCAUGAGCCCGGCCCAGGGCAUCCCGCCCGCGUGCACGCUCGUGCUGCCGCUCCUCUUCGCGGGCGGCAUGUCGCUCAUCGACACGCUCGACGGGCUGGCCAUGUCUUACGCGUACCGCGCCGCCGCGCGCGCGGGCAGCCGCGCAACCUUCAACACGUACCUCACCGCCGCUUCGUCCUUGAUCGCCGUCGCCAUCGGCACCAUCGAGCUGCUCGGCCUUGCCCAGCGCGAGUGGGAUAUCCGAGGCGGCGUCUUCUGGCACCUCAUCGCCACGCUCAACGCGAACUUUGAGAUCAUGGGCUACAGCAUCAUGGCCUUCUUCUGCGUCUCGAUCCUCGCUGCUGGAGUGGCGUGGACCUGCCCAAUGCGCGGCUGCGUGGUGCCGCCGCCGGACCUGACGGCCGAAGACAGCUCAGGCUUGUCGUCCGCCGGAUUCCACGCUCACGCCGGUGGCGCCGAGGAAGUCCGAGCGUGA